AUGGAUGAACCAAAUUCCGAAGAAUCAACAGCGUUGAUAACCGAUCAUGGCGUUCCAUUAGCUGUACGUGAUAAUCGAAGUCUGAAUGCAAAAAGACUAGCCAGCUAUCUAAUUCUUGCAAGCACUGUUUGCGAGCGUUUAGCAUUUUACUCGCUAGCAAUUAAUCUUGUUGUUACAUUAAAGUAUACAGAACUAAAUUGGAAUCCUUCAAAUAGUGCAACGGCUUCAUUUAUCUUUUUUGGUACUAGUUAUAUUUCGACACUCAUAUUUGCCGUGAUAAGUGAUGCAAAAUUAGGCCGAGCUAAAACUAUAAUUAUUGGUUUUUUUCUCUAUUUCUCUAGCUAUAUAAUGAUAAUAUUGAUUGCAAAUACCAAAACACAUGCAUCUAUAUGUCCAAAUACCACGGAUUCACACAGUUCUAUCAUUUCUGAACAUUGCGGACCUCAAAUUGUUGGAACACUUAUUUCAAUGGCUAUCGGUGUAGGAGCUGUACAAGCGAAUAUGGCUGUGUUUGGAGCUGAACAAAUUCAUGAAUCAAAAGUUACAUCAAGAUAUUUUGAUAAAUAUUAUAUAGCCGUCAAUAUUGGUGCCAUUAUUGCUACAUUAUCAAUACCUGUCGUACAAACUGAUGCAGAUAGUCAAACUAAUUCUAAUAAUUAUUUUUAUGGAUAUUUAUUGGCCAUAUUUAUGCUUAGUGUUGCUUUUGCAUUAUUUAUUAUAGGGUUUCGAUACUAUAUUCAUACACCUCCUCAGGAUACAGUUAUUGCGCAGUGUAUUCCUGUAGUUAUUAGUGCAUGGCAAGCAUGGCGAAAAUAUCAUAAAAAUAAACUAGUAGUACAUAGAUAUAAUGGAGAUACUAUGUCAAGAAAUGGCCAAGAACGAGUAAUCGCAAAUGAAGACGAAACACUUUCGUUUCUCGAUUAUGCAAAAGCAACUAACAAUGGAAAAAGUCUUGAUCGACAUGUAAAUAAUGUUAAAAUACUUAACAGAUCUAUUAUUGUAUUUCUUUUACUUAUUCCAUAUUGGAUUAUUUAUUAUCAAGUUCAGAUAACAUUUCCGUUACAAGGUAAACAAAUGAAGAUGGCUUUUUUAAAUACUGAAAAACCAAUGCCUAUUACUUGGAUGUCACUUGGCGAUUCAGUAACCAUUAUUAUUAGUAUUACGAUUUUAAAUACAGUUGUCUACAAAUUUUUCGAUACGCACAAUCGACAAUUGACUAUCAAGAUUAAACUUAUCAUCGGAAUGGUUUUAGCAUCAUUGGCUAUGUGCAUAACUGGUAUAGUUGAAAUGGAUCGACAAAAAUACUGUACAGAAGAAAAAGAUGACUCAAAUUUGAGCAUCUACUUUCAAUUACCACAAACUAUAUGCAUGGGUCUUUCGGAAGUAUUUGCUACUGUGGCAAGUCUUGAAUUUGCUUAUGUAGUUGCUCCACGUUCAGCUCAAUCGCUAUUAAUGAGUCUACAGUUUUGUUCAUUGGGAUUAGCAUCAUUUAUUGGCAAAGGAUACCUUUCUAUAUAUUCAACUACGUCAAGUAGUGUGGACUUUAGUUGUUUAAGUCUCAAUCAAUGGACAUUUUCAGCUUAUUUUUUCAUUCUUGCUGUUCUCCAGGUAGCUUUCAUGAUUGUUUUUAUUGUGUGUGAUAGAAAUUUUCAAAUACUUAAACUAAAUUUGCAACAGAAAAAAACAAUUCAAUAUCGCGAAAGUUUAUCUAACUCAUCGGUUGUUACAAAAUAAACAAAUAUUUGUAUAUAGAAUUCUGUUUUAUCGUUUGCUUUCAACAAUAAGAAUAUAAUAAAUUAUUAUUUGAUAUGUCUUAACACGAACUAGAAAAGUAUUUCUUUCAGAUAAUCAUUUUAAUGUGUUAAUAUAUUAUGAAUAUUAAUGAUAAAUAACAAUAAAAUGUUCAAUAAGCCCUUUGUCAGAUAUGAAAAGUUAAAGAAAAUAAGUAACGUUAUUUGGAAACAAUCAUCGCAUGUGAUUCAAACCGGAAAAAAACCGACAGCAUACCGACGGUUCACCUUUCGGCAUAAUGUGCGCUCUACCACCUGUAUACUGCCGGUACACCGGCGGUUAUUAUGAGUACCGCGGUAUAUCGGUGGUUGUGACAAAAAAGUGUGUGACAUGGGGUGAAUCAUUUUUAGAUUUUUUGUUGUUUUUGCUUCAUACUUUCUCAAAUAACAAUAAAAUACAUAGGCUAUGACAAUUUAAUUUUAUACUACAACUUGUGGUUUAUCUGAAGUCCUUGGAGAAUUCUACGAGUAAAAGAAAAUAUAAUACAUGAGACUGUUUCUAGUUCAUCAUCAAUGGGCGAUUCCUAUGAUUUCUGAUUAUUCUUUCUUAGAAACAGAUAGUUUUGAUCAAAAACAAUUAUUUAGUAUACACUGAGCAGGCGCUUUUCAUCGAAUAUUUAGUAAAGUUGAAACUUCUAUUCUUUAUUAUCUGGCAUCGGAGCGGCUCUGUCAAAAAAAAUAGGAAUUCCUGUAUAGGAUAGGUCUAAAAUAUAUAGGAUCGCCCUCAACUAUAUAGGAAAAAUAUAGGAUCAAAAAUCUAUUCCAGAAAAAGAUUUAGACACCGAAAAAUCACUG